ACUAUGUGUGUUUCGAUUUUACUUUCCAGAGAUAUUUCUACCAAAUUGGCUUUGAUAUACAGGACGUUUGUCGUUUCAAGGUAGACCAGUUGCGUUACGUUAAUUAAGUAAAACAACUAAGCAAACAACAUAUAUAAUUAAUUAGCUUAGUGACUUAUACCAUUAACAUAGAAAACUUUUAAAGUUCUCCGGCAUUUUAUUAAAGUGGAAUAUGCUAAUUAUGUCGUCUCGUUCUAUUCUACUUGGAGUUUUAUUCUGUUAUUGGUAUCACCCAGUUGCUGACGCCUUAAACUUGGAUACUCUACAACAGGCCUGUCGGGCAGAAGACGGAUUUUUUGACUGUGGCAACGGUGAAUGCAUCUCUCGACGUUUGGUAAAGGAUACUGCUCAAAACUGUCGUAACAAUGCGGAUGAGAUAGGUAGUAUUCAGUGCACUGACAACGAAGUUCAUUGUCGCUUUAUCAACCGUUGCGUGCAAAGAUAUCUUAUCAAUACACAGAAUAGUUGUAUUGAAAAUGAACAACUAAUUCUACCAUGCCGAAAUGACGAAGGUAUGCUGAGUUAA